UAUUUUUAUACAUUUUUUCCAGGUCAAUCAUCAAAUCAAUUACAAUCAUAUCGAUGUCCAUUGGAUGAAAAUGUUCCGAAAAAGAAAUUGGUCUGUUUCUAUCGUGUUGAAGAUGAAUAUCGACCAUAUGAUCUGGAUCCAUGUCUUUGUACACAUAUUGUCUAUUCAUAUGUUGCUGUCAAAGAAAAUUUUGCUUUUAUUGCCGGUAAAAAAGGUGACCUAAAAUAUCUAUCGGCAUUACGGAAUAAAAAUCCAAUGGUCAAAAUUAUCGUAUCAUUACGGCCUACGGGCACAUCAUUUAAUUUGGAAGAUUCAAAAAACAUUACCUAUCCAUUGCCGGCAUCGAAUACAUUACGUCAUCGUUUCGCAAAACGUAUUCGUGAUUUUAUUAAUCGCCACAAUCUUGAUGGUGUUGAUAUUGAUUAUGAAUAUUUUAAAAUGGAAAACAAUUCCAAUAAUCAAAAACGUCAAUAUCUUAUAUCGAUUAUUCAGUCAAUAAGCGAAAGUCUUAAACAAAAUGAUGAUGAUAAUAAUAACAACAGAACCAUUCUAACAUUGACAACAUCACGUUAUCCAAAACAUUUAGCCGAUUAUUAUGAUUUUGCUGAAAUUAACAAAUAUGUUGAUUUCGUAAAUUUACCGGCUUUUAAUUUCGACCAAGAAGGCAAUACAUUGAUUCAUCCAGCUAAAUUACAUGGCAUGUCUGAAAUGGAAAAUAUGGAUGCAAUCGUUGAUCUAGCAUUAGCAUUAGGUAUGCCUUCCAAUCAAUUGGUGAUUGGUGUACCAACAUUCGGUACAUUAUAUCGUAUGGCAAAUCAAAGUCAAACGACGCCUGGAUCGAAAGCAAUCGGUUGGAUUACAAAUAAUCAACCAAUCACUACAAUUUCUCAUUCAAAGAUCUGUGAUGUUCGUGAUAAAGUUAAUUGGACAUUGGUACGUGAAAAAGAUCUAACAGCACCGUACAUUUAUAACAAUGAUAAAUGGAUUGGAUUCGAUGAUGAAAUUAGCAUCAAAUUAAAGGCUAAAUAUAUUGUACUAAGACGAGCUGCUGGUAUGGCAUUUUUUCAUCUGAAUGAUGAUGACUUUCAAAAUCAAUGUGGUCUUGGAUCAUAUCCAUUACUACGUAGUGCAUUGUCCGUAUUCAAUCAAGCUAAUGAUGAUAUCAAUGUCAAAAGUCAUCCAUUGGCUUUCUUCAAUACAAGUCAACAAUAUUUUCAAUCAUUUUUGGAUGUCGUACAAAAAUAUGGUAAUGUUGAACGAUCAACCGAUGAUGAUGAUCAAGAUGAUGCUGGUAAUGAGGUGAUAUUACCUUGUAAUCAUAAUGGUUACAUGAGACAUCCAGAAGACUGUACCAGGUUUUAUCGUUGUAUGAAACUUAAUAUGCGUGAUACCAGUGUACAGAAAUUACAUUAUAAUUGUCCACCUGGUCUGGUUUUUGAUGAAUAUUUCCAGAUCUGUAAUUGGCCAUCAUGGUCACCAACUUGUUUAGGUUCGGGUGAAAUUUCAUCAACAAUGCGUUCAAGUUUUGUUUGUACAAAAGCUGGUUUCUUUCAAGAUCCCGAGAAUUGUGAAUAUUUCCAUUAUUGUUCCGAUUUGGGUAAAACCUAUCUGCAAGCAUAUGAAUUUAAAUGUCCAUUUGAAUUGGGUUUCAACCAGGACACACUUCAAUGUAAUUGGAAAUGGAUGGUAAAAGGUUGUCAAUAUGUACCGCCGGAAGAAAGAAUUGUUAAAGAUUUACAUCAAAUUCUACCACAAGAUAUUGGUAGUGGUGCCAGUGGUGGUAAUGAGGAUCGAUUAGAUCAAAUUGAACCAGCAGCCAGUGAUAUAUCGGCAAUGAUUCAAGAGGUAUUGCGUGCACAACAACAUGCAAUAGCAGCUGAUGAUAAUGAUGAUGAACAAUUUAUGGAUGAUUUCGAAGAACGUUCCGAUCAUGAUGAUGAUCGAAUUGCAGCACAACAUGAUCAGAUACCAAUUACAUUACCGGAUUCUAAAGAUCAAUCAGAAUCAUCAUCUAAAUCGAAACGAUUUUCCUAUCUAAAUUUAUCGAAAAUUGAUGAAAUCUAUAAACGAAAUCCAUCAUAUAUGGCAAGAUUACAAGCCAUUACAGCAUAUUUUUCAUCAUUAAUGUCUAAAUUACGAUAUUCAUUUUGGAAUCCAGCCACUACUAAUAUUAAUAAACAAUCGAUUAAAUCACGAGCCGAUCAUCUUGAUCAACAACAAACGAAUAAUAAAUGGCUAAAGAAUCCAUUCAAUCGUAUGAUACCCAAGUUUCCAAAAUCAUUGAAAAAAACUAAACCAGAUGAUGGAAAUGAUAGAAAACGAAAAUCAUUAUCAACAGAAACGAUGAAGGUGAUGACGACGACAACAACUACACAACGUCCAACAAGACAUAAGAAAAGUGUUUUCAAUAAAGUACCACGAUUACCGAAAUUUUCUAAACGAAAACGAACAUCGGAUAAAUCAUCGUCGUCAUCAGCUCAGCAACAGAAUCAGAAAACAAUGAAAAAAACUGGUCAACAUUCUAAUAAAAAUUAUCAUCCAUCCACCUAUAGUCAAUUGAAUAUCAAUCAACAAAUGCUACCAAUGUUUAUGGCUGAAGAAAGUAUUCAUAUGCCACAAUUUGUUCAACCACCACAAAUGCAUCAUUUUGAUAAUCAUCAUCAAUCAUUAGCAACAAAUUCUUAUCGUGGUCCAUCAUCCAAUGUUAAUCCAUCAUCAUCAUUUACAAUGAUGCAUCCGGCUGAAUCAAUAAUCAAACCAGUUUCUGUUCCUUUAUCAUCAUCAUCAUCGAAUACAGUGGCCAAUCAAUUUAAUAAAUUAAAUCAAUUUCAUCAGGCCAAUUUACUUAAUGAUUAUCAAGUAGCUAGUAGUUCAUUUUCAAUGAAUUCUUUUGCCGAACCACCGCCGAAAAAGUCAAUGAAUAAUUUUAAUCAUAAUCAAAAUCUUGAUGCACAUCAAUCAGCACCAGUCGUGAUGAUUGCUGCCGAUAAUGGUGGUGGAACAAAACCACAAUUAUAUCAUAAUUCAUAUGGCCUGCCAUCGGUUAAUAUCCGUUAUUCAUAUCUUAAUAAUGAACAAUUACAAGCAAAAGCUGCAAAUUUACAGAAACCAACAGUAGCAAGAGCACCAUUACCACCGCCAUCACUACCGCUCUCAAUACAGCCUGCGUUAUCACCUGGUGGUGUUCCAGUGAAAAUUGAAGCGACAAAAAUUAAUUUUCCCGAACAUAUUCUUAGUGAAGAAGAAUUAAAUAGUGCCGAUUUGCAAUUGGAACAAUUUCUUCGUACAAAAUUUAUAUCAACAUUACCAUUUAAUAAUAAACAAUUAUUAGCACUGCCAGAAUCCUCGUUGCCACCACAAUUACAGCGGCCAAAACCACUGCAAACUACACAUGCACCACAACUACGACAAUUAUCAACAAAGCCACAAUCACAACCUUUAAAUCAUUAUCAGCAUCAUCAUCAAUUACUUGUACCACAACAUAAUCAACAAUCAAUAGUCAAUAGUGCUGUUACCGGUCUACCGGUUACGUUAACCACAGCAAAACAAUCGAAUCUAAAUUCUGUAUUGAAUCGUCAUGUUAUCAAUUAUCAUCAACUACAACAACCACCGCAGCCACAACAACAACAAUUCCAUUAUACAUCAACACCAACGACAUCGAAACCAAAUCAGAUGAAUAAAUUUUCCAGUUUCAUUACCUCAACGGAUUGGUUCAAUAAUGAACGGCAGAAAUUUUUCGAACAAAAUCGGGCAUUACAAUUACAGAAACAACAACAACAACUUCAACAGACAAGAACAACACCAACAACAACGACAACGACGACUACAACACCACGUCCAACAAUUCCAACGACAAGGAAACCGAAAGUUAUUGCACAACCACAAUCAUUUAGACCAAUCAUCUCGGUGCCAUUACCGACAUCGAAAACACCGGUAAAUUAUAAAUUAACACCAAUUACUGAUAAUGUUUUUGAAUUGAAUAAUAAACAGCAACAUCAUCAUCAAUAUCAACCAUCAAAACCAAAUCGAUCAUCAUCACCAAGGCCAAAGAUUUCGAAACCUAUAACUACAACAACAACUUUGGCAUCAUCAUCAUAUCAUGAUAGUUAUGAUCCACAUAUGAUAAAUCGCCCAAUCGAAUUGGUUCGUAGUACAUCGAAACCACAAAUAAAAUAUGAUUCAUAUGAAUGGACAACACCAUCAAGUUUAAAAGAUAAUAAAAUGCAUGUAGAUUUCAAUUUAAUGUCAGCAAAAGAUAUUGAUGAUGAAAUUAAUAGUAAAAAACAUUUUUUCAAAGAUGAUCAUUCACAAGGAUCAUCAUCAUCAGCAUUUCGACCAUUAGAUCGACCAAUACAGGAUUAUAAUCGUCAUAAUAAUUUUUUCCCACCAAUCGGUGAUGUAUUCGAAAAUUAUGCUGCAACAUCCGAACAACCAAAAGCAUCGACACAAUCAUUUGUUCAUCAACCACCGCCAUCAUCAUCAUCAUCAUCAUCGCCAUCGACUACGACGACAAAAUCAAUGUAUACGACAAGCUAUGAUGAUCAUACAACACCUGUACCGUGGUUAUCAACACAUCAAACAUUCAAUACAAAUCCAUCAUUACAGCUAUUAGCAAAUGCUGCAAACAUCAACGAUACAAAUGAAUAUAUAAUGUUAAUGUUGAAUAAAGCAGCUGGAAAUGAUCCAAAUUUAGAAAGUUUAUCUCAGCUAUUGCAGCAUACGAAAAAUAUUGGAAAAUUUUAUAAUGUUGAAAGUGAUGGUAAUGCUCAAACCAUAUUGGCACUACUGCCUGAUAAACCAAACCAUCGUCGACCAUUUGUUUAUAAAGGUGAAAAUUCAUUGCUUAGAAAUCUCAGCCUCUAUAAUGGUUUGUUAGAUCCGAAUCUUUUGCCACCAACUGGUGAUCAGAUUCUUCAGAAAUUGGACAUAUCGAAACCAGAUUCCGAUGUGUUACAAGCAAUUUUUGAUAAAGUUAAAGAUGAAUUACAUGGAACCGAGAAAUUGAUUCCAUAUGAAAUUGAUGGUAUUGAUUAUUCUGGUGGUAGUGGUGGUGGCGGCGUUUCAAUGCAUCAAGCAAGACGCAUUCCACAAGGUACAAGUGGUGGAUCAUCGUCAGUUGCCGAUCGUUAUAAUGAUGUUUCAAGAAAUAUUUCACCAUUUACCAAAGCAUUUACAAUACGAACAACAACGACUACGACGACGACAACUACAUCAAGUACAACCACGUCUCCACCUACAACGACAACAACAGCAACAUUACCAACAAUUAGUCCAACAAGACAAUCAUGGCCAUCACUGGAUCCAUAUGAUGAUAAUAACCGAAUAAUUGUACCAAAUUAUCCAGCACCAAGAAUGCCGACUAAUCGAAGUUCCAAUGUUUGGUAUCAGGAUGUACCACGUUUAAUUGAUAAUAAUUUUGCUGAUAUUAACGGUGCUUAUCCAGAUCAUGAUGAUGACCAACCUGUUGUUGUUGGUGGCUAUACGACCGAAGAAUCACGAACACGUAGCAGUAUUCCAACUACGACAACAACAACAACUGCAGCUUAUACACAACCACCAUCAACGACAACAACAUCGACAACUACAACUGAAUCAACAAUUCAAUAUAAUCCAACUACACAGAAAUCAUCAUAUCCAUAUCGAAGACCGGGUGGUGAUCAACAUCGUGGUCGUCGACCAGAAUAUGGACAUAGACAACGUGGACAUCAAUUACAUCGACAGCCACAGCCACAAUUGGCUAAAACAACGAUAGUACCGUCUAUUGAUCAUCAUCAUCAUCAUCAACGACAACCAGAAAGUACAAGAUAUUCAAACCAUUUUGGACAAAAACUUCGUGUUGGCAACGGUGAUAAUGAUCCAACCGUUGAUGAUAUUAAUGAUUCAGAUAGAAAUGUUUUCUACGAAGAAGAAUUGCCAAAUUUUCAAGAUUUAAGAUAUCCUGAAAAUCAAAAUUAUCACCAUCAUCAUCAACGACAACGGUCAUCGACAACAUCGACGACGACUACUACGACAACAGCACGGCCAACAACUACAACACAAAUGACGACAACAUCAGCGACAACACAACAACCAAUAACAACGGAAUCAUUAAUCAAUUCAAUUGAAAAUACUUAUUAUCCAGAAUCAACGAUACAUAAUCUAAUGCCCGAUAAAUCCGGUAUUCCGGAAUCUGCAUGUACCCGGCCUGGUAUAUUCCAACAUCCAAAUGAUUGUAAUAAAUAUUAUGAAUGUUAUUGGGACAAACAUAUCAACAAAUUUACAUUACAUCCAUUUGAAUGUCCAGUAAAAUUGGCAUUUGAUUCACGUAUAAUUGGUUGUGCAUCACCUAAUGAUCCAACGGUGUGUGUGCAGUAUUAAAAUCGAUCAAUCAUCCCAAUGAUUUUUUUUUCUCAUUUAUUUUAUUCUCGGUGAGCCAUUGAUUUUUUU